GUUGACUUCACACGUAUAAGGAAAGACGUGUUGACCACUUCGCAAAUUCAUAUACUCAGUGAUUAUAAUGUUGUGAUUCAUUCGAUCAAUAGCAUCCUCACUCGGAGUUACUAUACCGUUAACAAUGGCAGUGGAUACUCAUUUAGAAUCUGCGGCAGACGAAAUGAUCGUUAAGGAGAACAAGACGAAUGUUUCCAAAGGAUUCCGUCCUUGGUGGACUGAUAAUUGGAGAGGGAUCCUGUCUGAAUUUGUAUCAACAUUUUUAUUGCUGUUCCUUGGAUGUAUGGGGUGCAUACCAAUAGAUGGUUUCCCGAAGAAUCCACCACUGUACGGUGCUCUCGGAUUUGGGUUGAUCGUUCUCAUCAACAUCCAGACAUUUGGACACAUAUCUGGUGCGUUUAUGAAUCCUGCAGUGACUUUGUCUGCUGUUAUUUGGGGUAAUUUAUCUGUGGCUGUUGGUUUGGCGUAUUUUGUAGUGCAAUGCUUGGGUGCUGUCGUCGGUUUUGGUGCUCUUAUGCUAAUGUCACCAAUAGAUUUGUCCGGUGGGGUCUGUACAACACAGCCGCAUAUAAACCAUAAUAUAUAUCAAGCUUUCGGUAUUGAAAUACUUUUGACAGCAUCUUUAGUGCUCAUCAAUUGUAAUUUAUGGGACCCUGUUAAUGCAGAGAAAGUUGAAUCCAACCCAGUGAAAUUGGGCCUGACUGUGGCUGGUCUGUCGGUGGCAGGUGGUCCUCUAACUGGGGCCAGUAUGAAUCCGGCGCGAUCGUUUGCGCCAGCUAUUUGGACCAAUACUUGGAAUGGACAUUGGAUAUACUGGUUGGGGCCAAUUAUUGGUGCAGUAUUGCCCACAUUAUUUUAUAAAUAUGUCUGGUUGAAGAUUGAAAAGGUUAAGUUGCCAGAAGUGCUGCCUUGGACAGAAAAUAAUAACAGUGAAGCAUAAACGGACUUUGCUAAAACGUUUGACCUCGAAUAAUGCAAAUAUAGACAGAUGUUCAAAUAUCAAGUGUGUUUUACAGCUCUCAAAAAUAAGAAAAACUAACAAUAUUGUGUGUACAGUGUAGUUAAACAACUAUCAAUCAAAAAACAUUAAUGUUACAUUACGUAAGUAGCUAAAAACAAUUUUUUUUUUUAAUUUAUUGAUUGUAUAUAAAUUGCCUACAUUUUAACAGUUAACAUUUUACAAUUAACAUUUUUCUAAACAUUAUGUAUAAUUAUUUUAGCAAACUAUAUGGAUAUGACACGAUUAAAUACAAUUUUUUAGGUUAAAUGUUCUUUUGUAACGUUAUCUUUAAAGCAAUAUUAGGCUCUUAAUAUAGUUUAGUUCAUAAUUUAUUGAUAUUUUUAUUAAUUUUAACUUGCAAGCAUAAUUUUUGAAGGGUAUUCUUGUAUUUUGAGCAAAAUUAUAACAUCCCAGUCUUCAUUGGUUUGCAAGGAUUUGAUUGAAAGUUCUAUAGUACUAAAUGUUAAGAAUUUACGAUUAAUGUAAAUUAUUUUUGUUUACGAAUUUAUUUAUUUGUAAUGUGUAGUUUUUUUUAUUAAAAUAAAAGAUAUGUC